AAUAAUUCAAACAUGUAGAAUCCAAUGUUAGAAGAUCUAAAAAACAUAAUGAAAGAAGGUUGGUUAGAAAAAGAGUCUAGAGUAUUUAAAUCAUGGAGAAGGUAUAAUCCCACUUCUAUCUUAGACGAUGGUUUGUAUUAACAACUACUACCUUAUAUUCAUUUAAGGCAGAAAAACAAUAUUCAAAUCCUACAGAGAUUAUAUAAUUGUCAACAGUUAGUACAAUUAAAAGUUGUUAAGAAGAAACGAAUAAAGAAAAUACAUUUGUAAAUAUUGAUUAAACUAUAUAUCAAGAAAAUUGAUACUCCAGAUUAAACAUUUUUCUUGUAAGCAAGCAAUAAUUAAGAUAAAGAAGGUUGGAUUGGAGCAGUUGGUAAAGCUAUGGUUAAAUUAAAUUUGAAAAAAAAUAGAAAUGAUGAUGAUGAUUGA